AUGGAGCUGUUCCUGACCAAUGUGCCCGCUCAUCUGUCCGAUGACAGGCUCAGGACUGAGCUUGAACCACACACCCGAGUCUUGGGUAUUGUCGAUUGGCUUUGCGAUAAACCCAAUACAAAGCCUCAUGCCUGGAUCUGUUUUGUCUCCGAAGCUGAGGGGAAGAGAUUUCUCCAAAAGCACGAGAGUGUCAGUGUUCCGACGCAGCCAAGAACAUUGCAAAAUGACAGGAGGUCAUCUCAGUCCAAAGCCAAGGGCGUGGCAAGACUACACAUACUCAAAACUCCUAUUUAUGUCCAGAAGAGCAAGAGAGCUGUCGAUAAAUAUACGCUUCAGGCGCUAGAGUAUCAGAAGGACCGGCGGAAAGAAUUGGCUGAGGAGCUCAGCAAAAAGGUGUCAAAAGACUCAAACAACAGCGGCAGCAACAGCAACAGCAACAGCAACAGCAACAACAACUCAACCAUCAGUACGCCUAUCCGUGGCAUCUCUUGCGGCAAAAACAUAUUCGCAGAUGAAUCUGAUACUCUAAUGUUUGUCCAGCAGAGCAGUAGCAAUGUCAAAGGCGUUGCAAAGUUUGGCCGUCGCGCCUUGAUACUCACACUCGGGCAGGAAUUCCGAGUCGACAUUGCCUAUGACACUAUUCAGGAUCUCAUAGCCGGAGCAUCUGAUAACUCGUUAACUUUCGUCUUAUCCGAGACUCCUAGACUUUACGAGAUGCAGGCAACCACGCCAACACAGCCUGGGUAUGCUCCACAUUUUACGAAAUGGGAACGGCAAACGCAUAUAAGCAUAUGGCCUGCUCACGAUAAAUAUGUAUCUCAUUGUCUGGUCUACCAGAUAACGCUCGCUUCACACUACGUGGAAACCCUCGAAUCUCUCAAGUCUCGAAAUGUCAUUGCUGUCACAAAACAAAAUUUGCCUGUACUGAGGAACCCUAAGCCCUUUGACCAAGAUUACACUACUAGUAUGAGUAGGUUCGAGGGCUCUAUUGGGAGUGCUGGUUCAGGGAGAAUAAGAUUGCUGCCAUUUGCUAUCCUGUUCCAGCUCCAGGCAUUAGUGUGGAACAACUACUUACAUCCAGCCAUUGCGACCAAAUUGCUUCAUCUCAUGACUUCAGUCGCCAGAGACUGCAAGAGGUCGGGCACUCCACUACCAUUCACUACCGAUGCCAUGAAACAACUGUAUCAAAAGAUUCCAUAUCCAUGUCCUGGAACUGAGCCGCAAGACCUUUUUGAGGGAGAGCUGGCUUCCAUCGUUGUCGAAGCUGAACGGGCUCUCCGUAACGAAGACCCAAAUCGAACCUUACACUACGGUGCACAACUACCUAGACAUCAAGCUUGGAUUUUGAAAGCAAUGGUCACUCCAACUCGCAUUACGCUGCAUGGUCCGGACGCCGAGAGCAGGAACAGAGUCUUGCGAAUGUUCCCAAAUCAUUCGGAUUACUUUAUGCGAGUCAUAUUUGGGGAUGAAGAUGGUCAGGACUUGGCCCUGACCUCGAACGUGAAGAACACCAUAAUUUUUGAGCGAUACAGAAAGAUCCUCAAGGACGGAAUCCAGGUUGCCGGUCGGAAAUUUGAGUUCUUGGGUUUUUCUCAUUCAUCUUUGCGUUCACAUUCUGCAUGGUUUGUUGCAGCCUUUGUUGACGAUUCAAUGAAUCUUCAGAAUAACGAUACCAUCAUCAAAUCGCUCGGCGACUUUAGCGAUAUUCGCAUUGCCGCAAAAUGUGCAGCGCGCAUUGGCCAAGCUUUUUCCGAGACUCCGUAUGCUGUGCCAAUCUUAAAAUGUGGCAUCAAUAUCGAGUACAUUGACGAUGUAAAGACUGCAGAUGGCAAGCGAGUUUUUAGCGACGGCGUCGGAACCAUCUCAUGGGAUGCCAUGGAGGAGGUAUGGGAUCAUCUCCCGAAAGCCUCGUCGGAAGCCACCUGUGUUCAGGUUCGCCUAGGAGGGAUCAAGGGCAUGCUUUCGCUUGACUCUCGUUUGAAUGGAAAAGUCAUUUGUGUGCGGAAAGAAUCCAUGAUGAAGUUUCCCAGCAAAGAUCAGACGGAAAUGGGCAUCUGCGAUACGGCCUCCAAGCCGAUGCGCACAUUCUUGAAUCGCCAAAACAUCAAGAUUCUAGAGGACAUGGGAACAAAUUCUGAGUGGUUUAUUGAUCAGCAGAACAAAGCACUCAACGUACUACGAAACGUCACCACCACAGCGGCAAACACUAGCACUUUUUUGAAGAAUCAGAUGGUUGGUACCACUGCGGGUCUUCCCAGGCUCAUAAGAUACCUCAGUACAAUUGGAAUCGAUUAUCGACGAGAAAGGUUUAUGAAAAUGGUCGUAGAUCAUACCAUCUUGCGAGAGCUGCGUCUGUUGAAGCACAAGGCCCGGAUUCCCGUGGACAUGGGAGUCACUCUCUUUGGCAUUAUGGAUGAAACGGGCUUCCUAGAAGAGGGUCAGAUUUACGUUACCUUUGAUGAAAGCCAUGACAAUAUGCAGGGUCGAGUCAAACGAUCACUCCAAGAUGGGACUGUCCUCGUGACUCGCUCGCCCGCGCUUCACCCUGGAGAUAUUCAACUUGCGCAGAUGAGGACACCACCACAGGGGCAUCCGCUUCGCAAUUUAAAGAACUGUAUCGUCUUCAGCCAGAAAGGGAGCCGCGAUUUGCCAAGCCAGUUAAGCGGAGGGGAUCUUGAUGGAGACUUGUACAACGUCUUUUGGGAUCGCUACAUGAUCCCCAAACAAUAUUUUGGCCCCGCAGAUUACCCAAGAGUCAAGCCGCCGGAACUGGAUCGAGCUGUGACGCGCGAUGAUAUUGCCGAUUUUUUUGUCAAAUUUAUGGAAGCAGACAUCUUAGGCAUAAUUGCCAACAGGCAUCAGAUGCUGGCUGAUUACCGCGACGAGGGAACGCUAAGCGCAGACUGUGUCAACCUUGCGGAGAUGCAUUCGACUGCGGUCGAUUACUCCAAGACGGGUAUUGCAGUCAGGUAUCAAGACAUGCCAAAGCCACCACGGAUGCGGCCGGAUUUUCUCGCCCCUGCACCUCCGACUCGUUUAUUUGAUCGUGGUGAGAUUGACCACAUUGGAGAUCCAAAUGAAGAUGAAGAUGAGGAUGACGGAAUGGGAAUGGCCAAGCAUAAAUACUACAAGUCAUUAAAGAUAUUAGGCGAAUUGUACCGCGGCGUGGACGAGAAGAAGAUCUGGGCCAAUGAUGUCCAGCGUCCCGUUGACAUGAGCGGGCCGCCGCUGUGGGAUCAACUAAGCACCCAUGUGUGGAAUGCCUUGUGGGAAGAAGGCUAUUCCACGUUGGAUAUUGACUAUAGGCGUCAGAUUGACCAUGCGUGGAAAAUUCGCGAUCUGUACGAAUCGUCCAUCUCCAACAAUAUGUGGCAGUUUUCGUCCAACCCCCGCGUUCCCAUUACAGAAGUGGAAGCUUUCUGCGGUUCUAUCUUGAAUCCCAAGGGCAGCCAGACUAGGCGAGAGCGGGACUCGUCUAUCAAGCUGAAAGACGAAAUGGAUAAUGUCAUGAGCCACAUGGUGAAACUCAUCAGUGAUCGCAGCGGAGUGGCCACUAAUGCAGAUGACGCCGUAUCCGUAAUGAGCGACGACGAUGAAAUAGGCGAAAGGAAGGCAAUGAAUGCGAUAGAAUUGUCUUGGGCAUGUAUGAUUGUGGGCAACGACAAGACUCAUGACAAGAAUCAUCGUCAGGAUGAACCAAAGCUAGAGAGCUUUCGAGUGGUGGCGGCGUGCUGCCUAGUAAAGGAGCUGAAUGAUCUUUUGACGAGGAAGAACUGGGGGAGGAUGUUGAAGACGAGUGGGGGGUUUGCGGGAGUUUCGUCGGGGCACCGCAAUCGACAGCAUGGCCCGUUGCCGAUACGAUGA